AACCAUUAGCUUCAAACUCAUGGCAUCACGAGUGCAUACUUCACCAAUCUCAAAUGUAAAAGAAGUUCAAGCUCAGAAAUACAGUUCAUCCACAUCACAAUGCGUUCAUUUCCCCGCAUAUAGCAUAGAUCAUGCCCGAUGACAGCGGACGCCACCGGCUUGGAUGCGAAGUAUAAAAAGCUAGUCAAUCUCAAAAUCUUAGACAAGUUCACUCAGAAUCAAUCGUCUCAAAGAAUCAAUUAUUUUAUGUACCACUACACAAUGUCCUCAAAUCGAAAUUGGAAUACCGGCAAUUUUGCCUUCCCACCCCACGACCAGGCCCAAAAAAAGGCCAGCAAGGGUGGCCAGCAGAGUGAUCAGCAGAGUAGCCAGGGAAUAUUUGCAAACAUGGACCCGUCCAAGCAGGUAUGCUAUUACUUUCCUGUGUUUAAUACGGAACGGGCUAACAGCAUUCAGCGGAAUAAUGCCCCCAAGGGUGGUCUUUCUGGAGGCGGAUUCACGGCUAGUAGCCAAACGGCACAGGAUAGUCAACGACGGGGUUCGAGACAGGCGUAUAUGUUUGAUGAGUCAGAGAUGCCGGAUGAGUGAGCGUUAUAUGCAUGGUUUGAUAUUAAGGUUAUAUGAUCUUGGAGAUAUGCUGUUUGUAAGUAACGCUUUUCUAUGGGCGCUGAGUGCCCGAACAACUGUAUUUGAGAACAAUUCAUGAAAUAGUCGUGAGAUCCUAAUUCUAGUCCAUCUUAUA